GUGCUGAUGACAGGAGCUGAUUUGCCAGCAAAGACGUUUGCUUUGGAAGUGGCUCAAGUUACCGGCCCUUCACCAUGACUGAAACAGGCCUUGAAUCAACAACGUUCACAUACAACUAUGAUAACUUUCCCGUUGCCUGUGACCAGAGGAACAUCUUGGACUUUGGGAUCAUCUUCUUACCCACUCUUUACUCCCUUGUCUUUGCCUUUGGCCUGGUGGGGAACCUGCUGGUGGUCCUUGCACUCACCAACAGCAGCAAACAUAAAAGCAUCACAGACAUUUACCUCCUCAACUUGGCAUUAUCUGACCUGCUCUUUGUUACAACUCUUCCCUUCUGGACCCACUAUGUGCUAAAUGAGCAGGGCUUCAACAAUGCCUUAUGCAAGCUCAUCACCGCCUUCUACUUCAUCGGCUACUUUAGUGGCAUCUUCUUCAUCACCAUCAUAAGCAUUGACAGAUAUGUGGCCAUAGUCCUGGCGGCCCACUCGCUCAACAGCAGGACAGUCCAACAUGGCGUCGUAGUCAGUCUUGGCGUCUGGGCAGUGGCCAUCCUCGUUGCAACCCCUCAGUUUAUGUUCACUGAACAAGUGGAUGGUGAGUGUCUGGGUAAUUACCCUGACGUUCUUCAGGAUAUCUGGCCAGUGCUCCAGAAUGUGGAAACAAAUUUUCUUGGCUUCAUGGUCCCACUUCUCAUCAUGUGCUACUGUUAUUUUGGUAUCAUCCGGACCAUAUUUUCUUGCAAAAACCACAAAAAAAAGAGGACAAUCAAGCUGAUAUUGGUGGUGGUAGUUGCCUUUUUCCUCUUCUGGACACCUUAUAAUGUGAUGAUCUUCCUGGAAACACUCAAAUACUACAACCUCUUUGAGAGUUGUGAGCUGAAGAAGGAACUGAGGCUUGCCAUGAAUGUGACAGAAACAAUUGCCUUCAUCCACUGCUGCCUCAAUCCCUUUAUCUAUGCUUUUGCUGGUGAAAAAUUCAGGAAAUACCUUUACCACUUAUACAGGAAAUGCUUGUCCAUCCUGUGUAGCCAUGAUGCCCGCACUCAGUUCCUCCCACCUGACGCUCACAAGCGAGAUAGUACAAUCAUCAGUGCCAGUGUUACUAGCUUUACAAGUGAUGGAGAUGGCUCAAUCCUUCUCUGAAGGGCACUUGAGAACAGCCCCUCUAAGCUGAGCUGCACAAGAAUGGGAGUCCACCUAAGAAACCACCUUAUGUAUAGAGAAGAGAAAUCAUACCUUUUCACAACUCUUGGGAAAACAGACACUGGCAGAGGGAGAAGUGUCUCAGCCCUUCUGUGCAUGCAUGCUUACUCCCAGGCUCUCCCCUCUUCCAUCAUGUCUAUACACCACCACCAGAUGAAACAUCACUGUCACGCACCACUCCCUUGCUACAGAAACUCUAAGGGCUCCAUGUUGCCUACUGAACCAAGUCCAAACUCCUGUUUCAAGCUCUCAAGUUCCUCCAAAAAAUCUGUUGCCAUUUUCAUGAUCCAAACGAAUUUUCCAUCACCCUCCAACGUAGCCUGGGGCAAUGUGGUGAAGCAGAUAGAGCCUUAGACUUAUUUGGAGGCAGAAAGCCCUGGCUUUGAGGCUUUGGAGCUAUAUCAUUAAGAGCGGGUCAUUUAGAGUCUCUGAAACUCUAUUGCUCCAUCUGUAAAAUGUGUGUGAUAAGAGCUCUACUAUUUAACACACCGGAUUUUGAGGGUCAAAUGAGGUAAAUCAUAUAGAUUACACCAGGAAAUCUACAGAUAAAUAUUUAAAUAAGUUAUUAUGAUAAACACAUUCUCAUGUCAUGCAUUUUCUCAUUGUAUCAUCUACAAACCACACCCACUUCCACUUCCAUUCCUUGGCUGACACUAUUCAUAAAAUGUCCUUCCUACUCCCCUCUGAGUAUCUGAAUCCUCUUCUUCCAAAUGGUUAUUUUUUGGCUACUCCAGCCCAUGACAAUCUUUGUCUUCUCUGAGCACUCAGUGCUCCUACAGUGUUGGUGAAGCACUUGGGUCUUUGCUUUCUCCCUUUCUUGUUUGUUAGUUUGGCCUCCCAAGUUACAUAAGUUCCCUGAGGGCAAAGGUAGGUCCAUCCCCUACAAUGCCCAGCUCAAUUCUGGGUACAGAAUAGUUGCUCCAUAAAGACUUGUUACUUGACUUAUUAACACAUGCUUUCAUCUAGAUCUUCUUACCUGACUCUGAGACCUUUUCUUUUUCCUUUGGUGGUUAAGUGACUUACCUAUUAUCACACAACUAGUGUCAGGAGCUGAAUUUGAACUCAAGUCCUCUUGACUCCAGGGCCUGGGGCUCUAUACACUUCACCAUCUAGCUGCCCCUCUGAGAUCUUUUCAAAGAAAGUAAGCCUAGUUCUUCUAGGAUUAAUAAGUGUCAGAGGUGGGAUAUGAACCCAAGUCUGUCCUGACCCCACAUUCAACAUUCUAACCACUUUUUCAGGUGACUCAUGUUACAAACAAGUGUAACUAAGGCCCAGAGAGUUUGCAUGGCCACAUAACUAGAUAGCAACAGAACUGGAGUUAUAAGAUCAUACAGCUACAGAAGUGGUGGAACUGAGGUACAAAGUUAGGUCACUGGACACUAAACCCAAUGGAUUUUUCAUGCCACCAUGCUUGUAAAUAAACCAUUUCUUGUUACCGACCAAUAGUCGGCCUUUUCCUUUACACGUUUGACAUAUGUAUGAAUAUCGAGAAGUUAUGGUUGGGGAUGUUCUUUGGUGGGGUUGUCAAGGGUUCUUGACUCUCCAAGAUAACUAAGAAUUACACCUGAUUUUCCUUGGAAUAAUUGUAGAGUUGUGAUACAGUCAAGUUCUUAGUACAGUACCUGGUACAUAGCAAUUGUUUAAUUGAUACCUGUCAAAGUCAAAUUUACUCAACACAGUAAAAUGCUUGUUGAACUGAAUUAGUUGAAUAUAAGACGUUGCCAGAUACUCCUGCCAGCCUUUUGAAAUAAUUGUUUCACAACUGUGAAAUCACUGAGCAGAAUCUAUUUCAAAACUAGACCUAGAAGAAUGAGAACACAACCUUUGUCGUUGUUGUUGUUAAAUAAUGAACAGUGAAGGGGACCCAAACCCUUGCUUCCCAGAGAAAAUGUUAUAUUUAUACCAUGGGAAAACUACUUUUCAAAAAAUUGCUGAAUGGGGUACAAUGGGAAGGGGGAAAGAAGGAAGUCCUUCAGAAGCCAAAACUGUGAAGAGGUUGGUGUUGAAAUAUGUGAAGAAGAAGAAAACCAGUUGGUUUGCCAGAGAUAGCAGAUGGGACAACAGCAGUGACCUUUUCAGGUGACUUUCAUUUUUGACUUAUUGGACAAUAGUGAAGGAUGAGUAUUCUUCACUAUUCCAAGGAUCUGUGAUUUCACUGGGUGGGUCCACCCUUGAGAAGACAGUUGAGAAGAUCCUGUCUGUUCUCAACCUGCCUGAGUUCCUUUCGGAGAGAGUCUGUCCCAGAUGUCACAAGACCCAGUCUUAUUUUCCUUAUAUAGUGAGUGGUGUCUUAUUAGGCAACAGCUUCAGUCAAUGGUUUCAUGCUUGCACUGACCACUAUAAUUUCAUGAUUAUGGCCAAUUAUCAUUGUAAGUCUUGGGGGCAAUGCGUUUGUCAUUGUAAGCUCUUUUAGAUGACUUGGAGGUAAUGAAAAUGACUAGUGGAUAAGCCUAUGAUUUUACUAAUUCAAGAGAACUCAAACUGCCCAACAAGAUUUGGAAUGAGAAAGCACAGAAAAUGUAGAUGCUAGGUCAUAAGAUGGUAGCUUUGGGCUAGAAGGGAUUGUACAUGUCAUUUAGUGCUGCCUCUUUUUACAGAUGAGGAAACUGAGACCCAGAGAGGAGACAUGAUUUCCUCAAGGUCCUAUAGGCAGCAGGUAACAAACAGAAUUCAAACCCAAGACCCAGCAUCUUAGAUUUGGGGGUGGGAUGGGGUGGAGAUAGGAAGACUGAUUAAUAAACUUUAUUACAGAAAAUGAACACAUCUCAAAAGACCCCUGGAUAUUUUUGAUAGCAAGAUAAAAAUGGAAGCAACACAUUGUUUUUGCUUAAUAUUUUAUUUUAUUUUAUUGAAAUUGGAUCUCCUUAUCUCACCCAAGCUAGAAGUGUGGUGGCCACUUGGGGCCUGGUUCCAAUACUGGUUGGUACCUUUUCUGCUUUCCCAAUCUGGGCCAGUUUGCAUAUCAGUAGACAGCCUGGAGGAUGUCCACCCCUGGGUACUCAUCUAUCAGACUCAGUGUGAACACCUUAUUAGCCUUAGUCCUACUGUAGCUCAAAACUCCCAAACUCAGGUGAUCCACUAGCCUCAGCCUCUCUAGCAGCAGGGACUACUGCCUAUGGACACAGAAAAACUCUGAUGACAGUUACUCCAUCAAGCCCAGCUUUUGUGCUAGGUUUGUUCCCUGCCCCCCGCCAAAGAUCAGAUUUUAUUCAGGGGUAAGUAAAAAGAGAAUAGGGAGGGAGAAAAGAGGGACCAAAGGCAUUUUGAAAAGGAGGGGAGAAUAGAAGAUUAGAAAUUAAAGUAUUAGAAAAGUGUAUUAGACAAUAGUAUUUCAGAUCAGAAUGGACCUUAGGGGUCAUUAAGUCUGAGCCCUUUAUUGUACAGACGAGGAAACCAAGGAUGGCUCCAACUCCAGAAGAACUGAAAAACAGUAUAUUUCUCAAUUUACAUAUUUUAGCUAGUAAAUAUCAAAUGACACAGACUGUUGGAAAUAUAUGAUUUUACUGAAAAGCUCCUCGAGGGCAGGGACCAUUUUUCAUUCAUCACCUUUGCUUUCCCUAUUGCCUUGUACAGUGCCUAGAAUAUAGUCAUAACUUAAUAAAUGUUUAGUGAGUGAUAAGGAAAAUGCACAUGCAAAAAACAAAGUUUAGAAGAGAACAUAGAAACUAGCAGGGUGGUUUUGUUACUAUUUUACUACAGUUAAUAUAUACUUUUCUCUUCUAAAAACACCAAAAAGAGUGGAACUUAAUGUUUUUAUCACGUAAUUGAUUUUUUCCAAAAUUUUGGUUGCUUCACAAUGUGUUUAAUGAUGUUUACUAGGUUACUAAUAAAAAUUAUCUGGGGUGGGGUGGGUAAAAGGUGAUAUAUAACUUUAAUAACUUUUACAAAGUGUGAAGAAAGUUAAGGAGGAGAAGAAAUACUAUAGUAAGAAAAAUGAUAAAGAAUAAAAGUUUCUAUUGGUAAAUAAUAAUAUUUGAUUGAAUAGGAAAGAAGAAGCUCAUGUUAAAACAGAUUGGUUUUGAUAUUUGUGGGAUGCUUGUAGACCAUUAAGACUGCCUUGUAAAUCUUUUGUAUUUAUGAGCCUUGGUUUCUUAAUCAUUUGUUUACCUGUAUUUCUUGAAUAUGAAAUAAAGUCUGGAGGUAAAUAAAA